GAGCUCACGCGUGAAAUGCCUUCUCAAACCAAACAACGCAACAAUGGCGGCGGCUGUAACUUCUAGCAGACCGUACCAUAUCAUCAUUUUCGGCGCAACAGGGUUCACUGGACAGUUUGUAGUGGAAGAGGUGGCCCGUUGUGCUGCAGAGAGUCCUGACGGAAGCCGUCUGAAGUGGGCUGUGGCCGGGAGAAGCAGACAGCGACUGGGAGAAGUGUUGACAAAAGCCGCGGAGAGGCUGUCUAUGCCUGAGCUGAGGACAGACAUUGAAAUCAUUGUCGCAGAUGUGUCCAUUGAGGAGUCUCUGGCCAUCAUGUGCCAACAAGGCCUGGUGAUUCUCAACUGUGUGGGACCCUACAGAUUUUUUGGCGAACCAGUGGUCAAAGCUUGCGUAGAGAAUGGAGCUCACUACCUAGACAUAUGUGGGGAGCCUCAGUUCCUAGAGCGUAUGCAGCUGGAGUACCAUACUAAGGCGUUGGACAAGGGAGUGUAUGUGAUCGGCAGCUGUGGUUUCGACUCCAUACCUGCAGACCUGGGUAUUCUCUACACACAGAGGCAGUUCAAAGGAACACUGACAGCUGUGGAGGGCUUCCUGAACAUUACCAGUGGUCCUGCGGGCUCAUCUGGUCACGAUGCCACUUGGCAGUCUGCUGUGCACGGUUUCGCCGACAGCGGAUCCCUCCGCCAGCUGAGGAAGAGGUUUGGCCAAAAGCCACUGCCUGUAGUGGGAGCCAAAGUCAAAAAGAGGGGUUUUGUGUUUUUCAGCAAGGAGAUGGAGCAGUAUGCCAUCCCAUUUAUGGGUUCUGACCCCUCAGUAGUCAGGAGAACCCAGCGCCACCUCUACGAGGAGGAUCACCAGUCUCCGGUAAGAUUCUAUCGACAUGAGAAUUGAAACGGUGUCUCAGAUAAUUAGGCGCUUUCACACCAAGUACUUUUCCCAGGAAUAGUUCCUGGAACUUAGUUCCCCAGAAAUCUUUAGUUUCGGAACUAUCUAGUAGAUCGCGUUCACACCGGAAAAG